AUGGACCCAUUCGUAAAGCAUGAAGGCGUUGUUGCGCCGAUCAAUCGAGUCAAUGUUGACACCGACCAGAUUAUCCCCAAGCAGUUCCUGAAGCGCAUCGAGCGCACCGGUUUCGGUCAGUUCCUGUUUAAUGACUGGCGCUUCAACGAGGAUGGCUCAAACAAACCCGACUUCAUCCUGAACAAGCCCGGCUAUGAAAGCGCGUCCGUGCUCGUCGCAGGUCGCAACUUCGGCUCCGGCUCGUCGCGCGAGCAUGCGCCCUGGGCACUGCAAGACUACGGUUUCCGAUGUGUCAUCGCGCCUAGCUUCGCCGACAUAUUCUUUAACAACUGCUUCCAGAAUGGCUUGCUUCCUGUGGUAUUGCCCGAGGAUGUCGUUGAGCGGAUUUUGGAGAAGGCUGAGGCUUCGCCCGGAUAUACGCUGAAUGUUGAUCUUGACGGGCAGCGCGUAUGGGACAACGACGAGGAGAUUUCCGCGACAUUCGAGAUAGAGGCGUUCCGACGCUACCUGCUGCUCAAUGGCUUGGACGACAUCGGCCUCACGCUGGAACAGGAUGACGCCAUAGCGUCCUUUGAGGCUGGCCGUAGUCCGCACGGUGGCACGCUCACUGUCGGUCGUUAA